AUGCUAAAGAACGACGAAAUUGAAAAUAGAAAGUUGUAACAAGAGAAGUAAAUAUUAGAAAAUUAGCUCAAGGAAGCGAAAAUAGAUUAAUUAAAAGAGAAAGUAGGAGUAAUAGAGAGGCUUUCUUAGGUUUAUUAUGAGCUUGAUUUGAAAUCUGAAUAUAAAGACUUCCUUGAAAAAUAUGUCACUCCAUUAGGAAAUGAUUGUUUUAAUAAUAGUUCAGAAAUUAUGUUUUUUAUAGGCCUUGGUCUUUUUUAAGAAUUCAAGUUUAAAGAAUCUGAGUUAUAUAUUAAAAGGUCUUUAGAAGUAAAUCCAUUAAAUUAUAAGGCUUUAAACACACUAGCGUGUAUUAUAGUAGAGCUAAACCCCUAAUAAAAACAUUAAUAUAUAGAGAUUCUAAAAUAAGUAUUAAAGAUAAAAGAAGAUUACUAUCGAGCUCAUUUUAACAUAGCUACAGCAUAUGAAGAUAUUAAAGACUUUUAAAAUGCAGAGUAUCACUAUAAGAGAUCUAUUGAAUUAAAUCCUGAAUUAUUCAAAUUAUAUUAUACUUAUAUUUAUUUUUUACUAUCAUUUAACAAAGUCAAUGAAGCUUUGAAGAUUAUAACGUAAAUCGAAGCUAAAUUUACUCAAGAUCAGUAAGUCUAUGACAUCUACUAGCUGUACUUCUAAUGCUACUUUGAAUUAAAUUAAUUUGAGAUAUCUUACAAAUAUGCAUUAAUGUCUAUUAAAAUUGAUUCUGAGUAAUUUAGUGGUCACGUAAAUUCAGGAAAUGCUCUUUUUGGUUUAGGUUAAUUUGAGAAAGCUAUUUAAUCAAUUAAGACAGGUAUAGAAAAAAAACUUAAGGAUACUAGCAAAGGUAAAGAUUUUAUUAGGUGUAAUAUAGAAUAUUACAAUAUAGGCUUAUGCUAUUUGUAGCUUAAUCAGUUAGAUAAUGCACUUUAAAGCUUUGAGAAAUCAAUAGUUGAAGACAAAAGUUACAAUAGUUCAUAUAAGUAGAUAAUGAAGAUUUAUCUUCAAAAGCAAAAUUACACAGGCUUCCUUGAUGUAUUUGAACAAUCUAUUUUAAACACUUAAAAUAAAAAUAGAAGCUUGAUAGCAAGUUUUGUAUUAGAUCAUGGAUUUUAAAUACCUGUUUAAAGAAUUGAAAGCUUUAUGCAAAAAAUGAUAUUAAAUGGUUUAAAUAAUAACAUAAUUAUAAAUUCCAUAUAUUAUUAAAUGAAGGAUGAAACAACAAAAGUAGAUUAUUCUCUGACAAGCAAGAGAUAAAUUUACUAUUCAAUUUACAAAUUACUAAGUGAAAAAUACUUGAGAAUAUCACAAACUUUACAAAUAUUGACUUCCUAUGAGAAAAUAAUUAAAAAUAGCCUAUAAUUCUAACAAAAGUACAGUAUUUGGGAUCUUCUUAUCGACUGA